AUGUUCUUCCUGCAACUUGUGUUGCUGGUGGUUCUUCUCCCAGAUGGUGAUAGUGAAGAUGACUUCCAAGAUCCAAACUCCUUUCGAGUCAUCAUGAUAUCAUCCCUCUACAACCAUUCCUGGACACAAAAUCUGGCCUCAGCUUGGCUGGGUGAGCUGCAGACUAUCGGCUGGAAUAGCAAGACUGGGGCCCUCAUUUUCCUGUGGCCUUGGUCCAAGGGCAACUUCAGCAAGGAAGAGAUGAUGGAACAGGAAAAGGCGCUCCAUACGUUCUCCAUUAAAUUUCCUCUGAUAUUUAAGGAUCAUUUCAGUGAAUGGCAGCUUGAAUAUCCCCUUCAGCUACAGAUGGCAAAAGUUUGUGGCCUGCAAUUUGGGGAACCUUCAGUAGGCUACUUGCAGAUUGCUUAUCAAGGAUCAGAUCUAGUGAGUUUCCAGAACAUGUCAUGGUCACCAUCUCCAAAGGGAGGAAUUCAGGCUCAGAAGGUCUGCAAAUUGUUCAAUCAGUACCAUAUGAUCAACUUAAGACUACACAGGCACCUCAGUGACACCUGUCCCCGGUUCCUGUUGGGUCUUCUUGAUGCAGGGAAAGCAGAUCUACAGCGACAAGUGAGACCAGAAGCAUGGCUGUCCACUGGCCCUAGUCCAGGUCCUGGUCAUCUCCUGCUGGUGUGCCACGUCUCUGGGUUCUACCCAAAGCCUGUGUGGGUGAUGUGGAUGCGUGGUGAGCAGGAACAACAGGGCACCCAGCGAGGUGACAUUCUGCCCCAUGCUGAUGGGACGUGGUAUCUUCAGGUGUCCUUGGAUGUGAAAUCCAGGGAGGCUGCUGGCCUGUCAUGCUGGGUAAGACACAGCAGUCUAGGAGGCCAGGACAUCGUCCUCUACUGGGAGAAGCCCCACUCCGUGGGCUUGGUCUUCCUGGCUGUGAUAGUGCCUUUGGUGCUUCUGGCAGGUCUUGCACUUUGGCUCUGGAAGCGCUGGAAAACACGCUGGAGACAUCCAUGCACUGGUUUCACUUUGGAGUGA